GAACCAUGUAUAAAGUUUGUUUACGAGAGUGCUGGUUUUGGAUCAUGCCAUGUUGCCAGAUUCAUAGAACAGAUAAAUCGUUCCAUAGCUAUGGAUUCUAUAAAUAUGUUUGAGAAACCAAUAAAGAUUUAUUGAUUGGAUAAAGUUAUUGAAUCAAUAGCUAUAGCGUUGUUUCUUCUUCUUCUUUGGCUACCUUACGCCUAAUCACAAUCAUAUGGGAUAAGCUAUAGAUUUGUUUAUUGAACGAAAUAAUGCCAAAAUCCAGCCCAUAAUAAUAUUAUAUCGAAUCGAUAAAUUGCUUUUAAAGGUUAUGUUUGAAUGUUUUGUGUUCUAUGUUCUGUUAUUUUAAUAUAUUGAAAUGGAUCUAGAUAUAAUCAGGUACAGCAGCAGUUCAGAUGAUGAAGUGUUCGAGUUAAUACCUGUAAGAAAGUAUAGGAUUAGGCUUGACACAUUUAAUUAUUUCUCGGACAGUGAAUUCAUAGCUCGAUACAGAUUUAGUGAAGAGACAGUGAUCUACAUUUCUGAACUACUUCCCAAUUUUGAUAAUUUGAACAACAGAGGUAAGCCGUUGUCGAAAAUGGACCAAUUACUUAUUGGGUUACGGUUCUACGCAACUGGAACAUUUCAAAAUGUCGUUGGGGAUAUUAUUCAUGUCCAUAAAAGUACUGUGUGCAAAAUAGUGAAGAAAAUUUCCCACUAUUUAGCCUCUUUGCGCGUUAAUUUUAUUCAAAUGCCCACAAAUGAGGAAAUUUUAAGAACAAAAAGCGAUUUUUUUCAAAUUCGUCGUUUCCCUAACGUGGUUGGAUGUAUAGACUGUACUCAUGUAAAAAUUCAAUCUCCUGGUGGCCAAGAUGCAGAACUGUAUAGAAAUAGAAAAGGAUAUUUCUCUAUCAAUGUGCAAGCUAUCUGCAAUGCACAGCUAGUAUUCACAGAAAUCACUGCUAGGUGGAGGGGUUCUGUUCAUGACAGUACCAUUUUUAAUACAUCCAAGAUACGUGCUGAUUUGGAAGCUGGGUUGUAUCGGGGCAGCAGCUGCUACCUACUUGGUGAUAGUGGAUAUCCAUGCAGAAAUUUUUUGCUAACUCCACUUCUACAUCCUGCUAAUGAAGCAGAAAGAAGAUAUAAUAGUGCCCACAUCCAAACUAGGAAUACCAUUGAAAGAGCAUUUGGAGUGUGGAAACGCAGAUUUCCUUGCUUGUCAAUAGGAUUAAGAACAAAAAUUCAAACUACUUUAAUGAUAAUAACAGCAACGGCUGUUCUUUAUAAUAUAGCUAUCCAGCAGAAAGAACAGCCUCUAAUGGACAAUGAUGAAGUUAUGGAAGAGUUUGAUCAAAUUCAAUUAGAAGGAGAACGAAAUCAGUUUGCUGUUCGAGACAAUGUCAUUGCUACAAUCUUCAGAAUUUAAAUUGAAGAGGAAAUGGUACACACAACAAUAAAACUAAAAUUAUUUCAGAAUCACAAUCAUUAUUAUUAUUGUUUGAU